CGUACGCGUCAUGAGUCGGAGGCCUAACGUUUAAACCGCCCCCUUUGCUCUCUCUUUUUCUCUCCUCCUAUAUAAACAACUCUCAUCGUUCCCGGCGAUUUCACAACUCUGAAAAAAAGCGAGAACAAAUAAUCGCCAAAUAAUCGCGAAACGCUUGGAAGGAAAAGAGAGAGUGUAAGAAAAAUCGAGAGAGUUUGGAUGGUUGCAGAGAAGAAGGAGGCGGCGGCGGGGAUGGAGUCAAUGGCGAUGGGGUCGGGGGGUGGGAGAUCGAAGCCGCCGCUGCACAAUUUCACGCUGCCGUGUGGGCUCAAGUGGGGGAAUCAGAAGUUUUUGAGGUGCGCUAAGCUCGAAUCCGACGGGGAAAUCGGUCCCGUCGCUCAGCGCCGCUCGUCGGAGCAGUUGAUCGGGAAGCGGAGGUCGUUGGAGAGGCGGGUCGGGUCGGAGGAGCGGGUCGGGAAUUUCGGGGCGGGCGUGGAAGACGGGAUCGCCGCCGUGAGGAAGAAGCUGAUGAAUGAUCUCCAAGCGGAGACGGAUAAGAUGAAAAACGCGAUUUUGAGAACGGGCUUGGCGGAUGAGGAGGAGGAAGAGGAAGUUCCGCCGGCGCCGGCGCCGCCGCGUCCGGCGGCGGAACCGGCUGAGCAACGCUCUCCGCCGGAAACCACAACUGAUGCAACGGACUCCGCCCGCCGCUGGAACUUGCGGGCCCGCCGCUCGGGAACUAAACACCCUAACGGAUUCUCCGCUUUUCCCGGCGAAUCGAACCCCGGUUUGAAGAUCGAUGUAACAAUCUCCGCCGCCGCAGGCGGCGGCGGCGGCGCCACCGUCGCAGGUUCCUCCAGCGGCGAGAAGCGGGACAGAGCGAAAUUCUCCCUCGCUCUCUCCCGGCGAGAGAUCGAGGAAGAUUUCGCGGCGAUUAUCCAUCACAGACCCCCUCGCCGCCCCAAGAAACGAGCUAAAUAUGUUCAGAAAAAUUUGGAUACUCUAUUCCCUGGAUUGUGGCUGACAGAAAUCACACCUGACCUCUACAAAGUUCCUGAAGAUCAGUAGAAAGAAAACAAAAAGAUUGAUGGGAGGGCUGAGCUUCAUCCAGUUCCAGGUUGCAAAUUCUAAUUCUUCAUUUAGUUAUGAUUACAUUUGUUAAUAGUCUUUUCGUUAGUUACUCUGUGUUCAUCAGAUGUUCAUCAGAAUUAAGUUAAUGUUGUUAGCUUGGAAGACAGUUGUUCAUAAUGCAAGCCUCAGUUUGAUUUUUCCACA